AUGGCCGGCCGGGGUUGCGGCUGCAGCUGCGGCCCGGGCCACCUGAACGAGGACAACGCGCGCUUCCUGCUGCUGGCCGCGCUCAUCGUGCUCUACCUGCUGGGAGGCGCCGCCGUCUUCUCGGCUCUGGAGCUGGCGCACGAGCGCCAGGCCAAGCAGCGCUGGGAGGAGCGCCUGGCCAACUUCAGCCGCCGCCACAACCUGAGCCGCGAGGAGCUGCGCGGCUUCCUUCGCCACUACGAGGAGGCCACCGAGGCCGGCAUCCGCGUGGACAGUGUCCGCCAGCGCUGGGACUUCACCGGCGCCUUCUACUUCGUGGGCACCGUCGUGUCCACCAUAGGGUUUGGGAUGACAACUCCAGCGACAGUAGGAGGAAAACUCUUUCUGAUCUUUUAUGGCCUCCUCGGGUGCUCCAGCACCAUCUUGUUCUUCAACCUCUUCCUGGAGCGCCUGAUCACCAUCAUCGCCUGCAUCAUGAAAUCGUGCCUCCUCCAGCGGGGGGCCCUGCCCCAGCAGAGCCUGAAGAACCCGGGCAAGGGUGAGGCAGACAGCUUGGCUGGCUGGAAGCCCUCUGUGUACUAUGUCAUGCUGAUCCUGUGCAUAGCCUCCCUCCUUAUCUCCUGCUGCGCAUCCGCCAUGUACACCUCCAUGGAAGGAUGGAGCUACUUUGACGCGCUCUACUUCUGCUUCGUGGCUUUCAGCACCAUUGGCUUUGGGGACCUCGUCAGCAGCCAGAACACCCAGUAUGCUGGCCAGGGCCUCUACCGCUUCGCCAACUUCGUCUUCAUCCUCAUGGGCGUCUGCUGCAUCUACUCCUUGUUCAACGUCAUCUCCAUCCUCAUCAAACAGUCCAUGAACUGGAUCCUGAGGAAGAUGGAUGGCGGGUGCUGCCAACAAUGCCAGAGAAGACUCUUGCAGUCCCGGAGAAACAUGGUGAUGCCGGGCAAUGUCCAGAACCGGUGCAACAUCUCCAUAGAAACAGAUGGAGUCAUAGAGAGUGACACGGAUGGGCGGCGCCUCUCGGGCGAGAUGAUCUCCAUGAAGGACUUCUUGGCAGCCAACAAGGUCUCACUAGCCAUCCUCCAGAAGCAGCUGUCUGAGACGGCCAACGGCUGCCCCCAUCAGACCAGCACUCUGUCGCUGGACAAUGAAUUCUCAGGGGGUGUAGGAGCCUUUGCGAUAAUGAACAACAGGCUGGCAGAGACCAGUGGGGACAGGUAGGAGCAAGGAGACAGUGGACAGUGAGGGGACUGUGACCCAGCUCAGCUCUGCGCCCUGGCUGGGUUCAUUCUGUUCCUUCUAGCCUGGAGGCCAGCUUGAGAAACCUCAUCAUCCUGUCUCCAGCAAACAGCCACUUUCCAGGGCUGCGGGAACCUGCAGCCUCCAUGCCUUUCUCCGUAUCUUCAUUCUUCAAGUCUAAAUUCAGUCUUUUAAAAAUGAACCACUAAAGCAGCCUAAGACAUCACAUUCUCUCUUUACUCACCUUGCUCCAGGGUUUUA